AUGCUUCUCGGCGCGCUGAAGUCGGUUCGCACCAUGGUCGCCAUCAUGCCGCUCAGCGAGGGCACUUCGAGGGCGGUCGUGGACUGCUUCCGCAGCAUCGACGUCCCACUCCACCAACGCAGCUGCAAGAGCUCCGAAGAGCUGUCGGCGGUGUGGAUGGAGUGUGAGGCAACCAUCCUCGGCACCAUGGGGACCGUGUUGAAGGGAUCCAUCUCCCAGGACAAUUGGCCUCAUGAUGUCAUCCGGUGGGCCGUGAAGAAGGCGUGCGAUGCGGUGGAUCAUGCUAUUAAUGUGAGCAUUGUCCAGGACAUGCAGUACCAUUCCCAUGCAUCCGUGGUCAGCAUUGCCCUCUGGUGCUUGAUCGAGGUGCUCGAUGGCGCCGAGAAGCUCCCUGGGGAGUUCGCCGACUCCGUGAACAUGGCGGCCCAGCAGGCGGUGCAGCACCUCUCGGCCGUGCAGGACCUGCCCUUUGCGCGCAUGGCCCUGAGCAACGCCGUGCGGCUCUUCGAGAAGGUCCACGGGCCGUGCGCGGCCCCGGAGUGGGCCAUGGCGUAG